AUGGCUACACCCGCUGCACUGGCAGAUUCUGCCGGUAAUUCUCAGGCCGACGCCGAGAAUCCUAUUGCAAUGGCGUCUGCAUAUGUUCAACCUCAGCAUAAGAAAUUUCACGAUUCUUCAGUCACUUUUGAGGAAUAUCAUUACUAUGCAGGCCUCGCACGCGCAGAAGAGGAUGCUAGUACUGAUAAUGAUAUUGGCGAUACCACUUUGUUCUCUCUUAUUGUUCCACCCAAGAAUUUAAAGGGUCAAGCUCCGGUCAAUUCUGCACCUGUGGCGGAGAAGUCGAAUGAGGGAACUGCUGAGAAUGGAGCUGAGAAGAUAGCUACUGAGAGAAAUGUACAUGAUAUGUCCCAUGGUGAUCGCUCGACGAUUACGAAUGAUGAGUGGACAAAUGCUAGUAGGGCUUUGAGAACGGCUACUUGGUCUUCAGUUUUUUAUCUGAUUACCACAGAUAUUUUGGGUCCUUUUGGCGUUCCUUUUGCCUUGGGAACUUUAGGCUGGGGACCUGGUAUCGCACUUUAUACUGUAUUUGGAGGAUUGGCUGUGUAUGGUGGAUUCCUUUUAUACUACAUGUUCCUCGGACUUGAUUCCCAUCAAUAUCCAUUGAGAACGUAUGGAGAUAUUGCUUUCCGAGUCUAUGGAGCACCUGUUCGACAUGCAGUCAACAUUCUUCAAUCUAUCCAACUCCUCUUCAAUGUCGGCGUGAUUGUUGUUGGCAAUGGGCAGGCACUUUCUCAAGUCUCAAAAUUCAAACUGUGCUACGCAAUCUGCUGUCUUGUAUUUGCGCUUGCUGGCUUUUUCCUUGGUCAAGUUCGCACUUUACAAAAGUUUGGCUGGUUAGCCAACGCCGCCAUCUGGAUGAACGUUUUCAUCAUAUUGUGUUCGAUGGUUGUCAUUUCACAUAGUGCGCCAAAUUACUUAGCUGUAGAUGCGGCUGCUGGAACUGCACUUGGUGGUGUACUCGUCACCCCAGAUGAUGCUGGCAACUUUCCACCCGUCACAACAUUUGGCCAUCUCCCUCCCUCAACAGCUGGUUUCACUGGUGCCGUGAAUGGACUCAUGCAAGCCGUUUACGCAUAUGGAGGAGCUAUGUUAUUCACAGAAUUCAUGUCGGAGAUGCGUAAGCCCCGUGACUUUUGGAAGGGUAUGAUUUGUGCUCAAGCAUUCAUCUAUAUUCUGUACAUGAUCUACGGAUGCUUCAUCUAUGGAUAUCAAGGUCAAUAUGCUGUCAAUCCUUCCUUUCAAGGUGUAUCCCCUUAUGCGUGGCAAACUGUCAACAACAUUAUUGCGUUCAUGUCAGCUCUUAUUGCAGCUGGCUUUAUACGCUCACAUAGAGGGAAAUUACUUUGGAUGAGCAUUGUUCCAGUUUAUUGGUCAAUCGCUUAUAUUGUUUCUGCCGCCAUACCAAAUUUCUUCGGUCUCUCGUCCCUUGUCGCAGCCCUCUGCAUUCUACAAUUCACCUACACAUUUCCGCCUUUUCUUUACUUAGGCUACUGCAUCCGAGUUGAUGCAAUUCUCGACACUGAAGGUUUCAAUCCCGCCACCGGUCAAGUCACUCUCACAGACACUGGAUUUAAAAGAAUCCUGCGUGGUUUCAAGAAGAGAUUUGUCUUGAACAUCUGGAAUAUCAUUUACUUCUGUGGGGCAUUGCUUACGGCUGCUUUAGGUGCGUAUAGUGCUAUUGAAGCAUUGAUUGCGGCGUUUAAGGAGCCUAAAAUCACGGCUUUUACGUGCAGAAGCCCGGUGAAUGCUGGAUAG